AUGGAUGAGAUUCUUGCCAAAGCAGGUUCACAAGCCGUUACAUUUGCUAUAAAAUCAGGGAUAUCGAUAGCAUCCACAUAUGCGCUGAAGACAAUAACGAACUUUGUCGUCCAGAUUCCCAAGGAUGAUGCUAGAAGGAUAGAUCAAUUGAAGUUUAAAUUGGAAAGCCGCAUGGCCAUUGUGUCCAGUGCAAUUGAUCUGAUAAAACUGGUAGCGGCAAGGGGAAACACAAAUUUGCAAAUUACACUAAGGUUAACUAAGGAUCUAAAAGAAGAGAUCGAUAGAUUUGACGAAAAAAUCAGCGAGAUGACGCAAAAGGUUGAGGGUUCCAGAAGUGCAAAAACACAGAAUGAAGCUAUCAAGGCGGUAGAAAACUACAUAAAGGACUUAUUAUUGAGGAUAGAAGAAAUCACUCCAUUUAUUAACCUUUCUUUAACAACUUCUGGUGCCAACUUGAAUAGUGCACUUCCAUAUCAAGUUUCUCCUGGUUUGUUGUUAAAGGCCUCUUAUUUUGUUAGUGAGAACAAUAGAAAGUAUGAGAAUACAAUAAGAAGUAGUGAAAAAGAAAAGGGAAACAAAGAAAAUAUAAAAGUUCAAGUGGGGCCUACCUUUGAAAUCACAUUGUUCUCUAUUUUCUAUAAUCUAACGUCGGAAAGCAAUGGGCAAUCAGGAAUUGUAUGGAAAGAGGAUAUGAAACGAGCAAAAGCAAUUAUAUAUAGGCAGAACUCUACAGAAAGGGAGUAUGAUUAUUUUAUGAAAAUAGAACAAGAUUUUAAUGACGGUAGGUACCAUGAGGAUGAUGAUAAAGAAGACACACCACAGGAACUCACCAUAGACCUGAACCAUAUCAAGAAAUUAUUUUUCAGUGUUUCUGGUAGGCUUCUACGAUUGGAAGAACAGGAUUCUCCAGUGUUAGUGUUGAAGAUUGACCGGCACGAUGACAAAGAAAACGGAACUAGUGAUGGAGAGAAAGUACUGCUUGAUGAUAUUACUUGGUAUGCGGUAAGUGGGUAUGAAGAAAUGGAGGAAAAUGAAGAGGAAGAUGAAGAGGAGGACGCAGAGGAAGAGAAAGACGGAGAGGAAGAACAGGAGGAAGAAGAGGAAAAUAAUACCCUGGACGACAAAACUUCGUCCAUCACGUUACUCGAGUACAUUAUCCGGCUAACGUCUUUACAAAGUAACGAUCAGAAAAGUAUAUUGGAGGUAAGCGAUGAAAGGUUAUCAAUAUAUUUGAACGAUGAAAAUACGAACUCCAGAAAGGAUAGAAUUAGCAAUUCUACAAUUAAGGAGACAGAGCAAAAAUUAAAGAACUUAAAACUUUAA